AUGGGAGAAAAUAUCGCGAGCAGCUCGCGUGGACACGGUCUACAGCGACUGUAUUCUCGCGAAGGCGUGACCAGCAAGACUGGAUCUGAGCCAGAUGUGUACCCUGUACAACGAUGGGAUAGCAACCGAACCGACACGGCCUUUAUCGGACCCGAACAUCCUGAUGCUUCCGAAGUGUCAGCUCGUCCAAAAUAUCGCGUCUACAAACAGCGAUGGUUUGGCCUCGCUCAACUCGUCCUCCUCAACAUCAUCGUCAGCUGGGACUGGCUUACCUUUGCUGCCCUCUCCACCACGGCGGCUGAAUAUUUCAACGUCUCCGAGACGGCGAUCAAUUGGCUGAGCACAGCCUUCCUGUUCGCUUUCGCCAUCGCAGCGCCCGCUGUCAUUUGGGUACUCAAUCACCACGGUCCAAAGACGUCGAUUCUGGUUGCAAGCGCGUUGGUGUUGGUUGGCAACUGGAUCAGAUAUGCUGGAACACGAUCGGGUUCCCAUGGCCACUUUGGCGUCGUUAUGUUCGGACAGAUUCUCAUCGGUCUCGCUCAACCCUUCGUACUCGCUGCUCCAACAAGAUACAGCAAUCUGUGGUUCAGCGACAGCGGUAGGGUGUCUGCUACAGCGAUCGCCUCUCUCGCAAAUCCCCUCGGUGGUGCUCUCGGUCAGCUCGUUGGACCUCUUUUGGCGACAGACACAUCCGGCGUGCCAUCGAUGGUUCUCUAUACGGCCAUCAUCUCCAGCGUCGCAGCUAUUCCAUCAUUCUUUAUUUCCGCGAGACCUCCUACUCCACCCUCCGCCACUGCCGCCGCUGAGAAGCUUGAUCUAUCCUUAUCAUUCCACUCCCUCAUCCACAACGGAUCCUUCUAUCUCAUCUUGGUACCCUUCUCGGUAUUUGUUGCCUGCUUCAAUGCCACAUCGACCUUGUUGAAUCAAAUUCUUGAACCCUAUGGCUUCUCGGAGACCCAAGCUGGCAUCGCGGGAGCACUGCUCAUAUUCGUUGGCUUAGGGACGGCAGCAGUUGUGUCUCCAAUCAUAGACCGCACGCAGGCAUACCUCUUCACUCUGAAGCUUCUGGUCCCAUUCAUCGCCAUUUUUUACACCAUUUUGAUUUUCAUGCCCGGCACUCGAAGCGCAGCUGGAUCUUACAUUAUUUUCGCACUAUUGGGCGCCGCAUCGUUCAGUCUGCUGCCCAUGGCUCUGGAGCUUCUGGCCAUCACAACAUUUCCGGUAUCUCCUGAGGUGUCAAGCGUGGUUGCAUGGACUGUUGGUCAGGUGUUGGGAGCUAUAUUUGUCAUCAUCAUGGACGCACUGCAGUCUACGAAUGGAUACAACGGGGAGCCAGCUGGAUCCUUGAAAUUGUCACUGAUCUUCCAGGCUGCAUUAGCUUGGGUUGUCGUUCCACUACCGAUGUUCCUUGGAUUCUGGAAGUUCAAAGGUGCUUUCACCUCGACAGGGCUGGAAACUUGA